AUCCUCCAGGGCGGCCUCUCUCAGGUCCUCAGCUGGGCCGGCCUCUGUCAGGUCCUCUUUGCCAUCUUCAUCGGGCUUGCGGGCGUGGUGGCGUUUUGCACGGUGAGGCUGCUGGCGCGUCACGUCUGGUACACACACAGGCUGUCCUGCUUCAGCAAGCCACAUGCAGACUCUUGGUUGCUGGGCCACCUGAGCCAGAUGAAGAGAGGAGAGGAGGGCCUCCACCACACGGACAAACUGGUGCAGACCUACAAACACUCCUGCUAUUGGUUCAUGGGACCCUUCUAUCACCUGGUCAGAGUCUUCCACCCUGAUUACAACAAACCCCUGCUGAUGGCCCCUGCCAACAUUACAGUGAAAGACGAGCUUUUCUAUGGCAUUCUGCGUCCAUGGCUCGGACGGAGUCUGUUGCUAAGCAACGGAGAAGAGUGGCAUCGCAGGAGACGGUUGCUAACACCAGCUUUCCAUUUUGACAUCUUGAAGAACUAUGUCGCCAUGUUUAACAGCUCAACUAACACCUUGCAUGCUAAGUGGCGCCGCCUGGUGGAGGAAGGUGAAGGCAACAUGGAGAUGUUUGACCAUGUCACUCUGAUGACGCUGGACAGUUUGCUGAAAUGUGCCUUCAGCUACAACAGCAACUGUCAGGAGUCUACCAGUGAGUAUGCGUCUGCCAUAGCAGAGUUGCAUGACCUGAUAAUAGAGCGUCGCACAAAGAUUUUACACCACUGGGAUUGGUUGUACUGGAGGACACGGCAGGGCCAGAAGUUUAAAAAGGCUCUAAGUGUUGUAAACAGGUUCACCAGGGAAGUGGUGCAGCGGCGUCGUGCCCUCAUCAGCCAGCAGAGGGAGACAGCAACACAAUCUGACUCCACCACAGAGCCACGGAGGAGGAAAGACUUUGUUGAUAUAAUACUGCUGGAAAAGGAUGAUGAAGGAAGGGGCCUAACAGACGAGGAGAUCCAGGCCGAGGCCAACACCUUCAUGUUCGCAGGUCACGAUACAACAGCCAGCGCAAUUUGCUGGGUGCUGUAUAACCUGGCAUGCCACACCCACUAUCAGGAACAAUGCAGGCAGGAAGUGAUGGAUCUCAUGCAAGGACGAGAUACAGAGGAGAUAGAAUGGGACGAUCUCUCCAGCCUCCCUUUCACCACCAUGUGCAUCAAAGAGGCCCUCAGGCUCCACUCUCCUGUACUGGCUGUCACCAGAAAAUACACACAGGACAUGAAGCUGCCAGGGGAUAGGACCGUCCCAAAGGGUGCAAUCUGUUUGGUCAGUAUUUAUGGAACACACCGCAACCCCGCUGUCUGGACAAACCCACAAGAGUUUCAACCUCUGCGUUUUGACCCUGCCAACACAAGGGGGCACUCUUCUCACGCCUUCAUCCCCUUCUCCUCUGGCCCGAGGAACUGCAUUGGUCAGAAGUUUGCCUUGGCCGAGCUGCGUGUUGUCGUGGCGUUGACCCUGCUCAGGUUCCGUCUGACCCCGGGGAUCAACCCUGACCUCGGGACGGCCCCCGGGGAAGUUCGUCGUCUCCCCCUGUUGGUGCUGCGCGCUGAGGGAGGCCUGUGGCUGCAGCUGGAGUCUCUCACUUCACACACCUCUAGGGAUGACUGAUCCCGAUGACAUGGAAAUGAAGCACUGCAGCUGUAAAGAGCAAAAGUGUACUGCAAAGAGAAAUAUAAUGUAUCUGUAAACAUGCAAGGACACUCUAUUGACAAAUACACUCUAGAACUGUAAAUAUGUGGAAAAAUUAAUAAUGUCUGAUUUAAGAAAAAACAGCAAAACAGCAACAGCAGCAGUAGAUCAAUAAUGUGAAACAGCUGCAGUAAGGAAUAGAUAGGGACAAAAAAGGUGAAAUACCUGCACUAUA